AUGGCCAGUACAGGUGAAAUUGCAGACGACUUUCUCCUGUGUUCACUUUGCAUGGAAAAAUACCGAGAACCGAAAACUUUGCCAUGUUUACACACCUUCUGUUACUCUUGUCUUUUCACAUAUGUCGGACAAAAUGCCACGGACGCGGUUUUCCCAUGUCCCCUGUGUGGUCAGGAGACCCGGCAGGUUGGGAGGAAUCUAUCCACGGAGCAGUGGAUGGAGCAGUGGAUGGAGACAUUCACCGUCAACCCGUUCGUGUUUAGACUACAGAAGGUGAGCGAGAUGCGCCAGAGUGUAAAAGCGUGCGAUGUGUGCAGACAGGAGCAGGUGCUCGUGCAGGCCGUGCACUGGUGCAAAGAGUGUCUGGAAGGCUUGUGCGAGGAGUGUGAGCGCGUCCACGGACGAAUCAGAGCGUCCAGGGAGCAUCACGUGGUCGGUAUGGAGAGUCUGGAGAACGAGGCCCUGGUGAAACUGCUGCGUCCAAGACGAGGUCCGGAUCUCUGUCAGGAACACAGAGGCAAGACUCUGACUCACGUCUGCCUUAACUGCAAGACGGUGGCAUGCGACACGUGCAUUGCCGUGUUUCACCAAUGUUGCAGGAAGGUCGAACCCAGCGUAAAGAUCGUCACCGACUUCAGGAACGAUUUCUGCUUGGCUGAAAAGUCUCUGGAGGACUAUUUUAGUGUGGCAGCUGAAUUAUCGAGAAUACAGCACGAACAACUGGAUCGUUUGACCAAAUCCAAAGAGGAAGUGAUAAGCGAGAUCACAGCGUUCGGACAAAGACUUGUGAACUCCAUCUUGGAGAAAGAGCAAAUGUUAAUAACGGAGGUUGAUUUGUUGUACAUCAAGCACAGAGACCAUAUGGCAGAAAAUGUCUGGAACAGCGAGGUCAGUGUCAACUCCCUUGCUAAAACUAAACAAUUCGUUCACUAUCUGACGUCAUGCGGAUCAGACAUGGAUGUAUUAAACAAUUACGAUGUUAUUGGAAAGCAGAUGCAGAAUCUGAAAAGCAAACUGGUUCUUCCCAGCAAAAGAAAUGAAGCCAGACAGGACUUUAGAUUUCUGCCACACAAAAAGGCUUCCGAAAUUUUACGAUCCAUGAAUGUACUUGGAGAAGUUGUCAUAACUAAAAUCCAAAACAAGCCAAAGCCGAAUAAGGAACAGUUAUCGCUUCCUGCACCACCAAAGCCAAACGUAACGCCAAGAUUGAAGGAUAGCCCUUCCUCUAGAUAUUUAGCCAAACGACCGAGCAAGAAUAUGCAAGUUCCGAAGACAAAAUUCAGACUUGUUUCUUCUUUCUCAGGUCGAUGUAACAGCGAUACCAUGAAGACAGAUCUGAGAGGAAUUCUGCUUCUUACGUCUGGAGACUUCGUCGUCAUGGACGUCCAGUUUAGAAACACACGCUUGAAGAAAUUUGGUCCUAGGGGAAAACUGAUUUCGACGCUCGAUCCGGGAGAAUGUCCGCACUCACUUAUCAUGACUUCGGAUUCAGAAGCUGCUGUUAGCCUCCCGAAGUCUCGUGAAAUCGCAUUUGUAUCACUGGGAGGGACAUUGCAGAUCUGUGAAAAAUUGAAGUUGUCCAAACAAUACUAUAGUUUAGCGUCUUCCGUCGGAAACGCCUUUGUUGCCGUCUCCAUCUCACCGAAGGGAAUAGCCGUCAGUCCGAAGGGUGAAUAUCUAAUUCUGUUUGGUGGAGAGGAAAGUGUCGUCUGCUUGAACAAAUAUGAAGACGUGCAGUACAACUUCAGUCCUGGUAAAGCUCACGAUGUCCGGAGAGAAGUGGGCAUCCAGUGCGACGACGUUGGCAAUUCGUGCAUCGUGGACGCUGAGGCACACAAGAUACACGUCGUCUCGGAUGGCGGCAAGUAUGUGGGACCACUGCUUGGUCGCACUGAUGGUCUGCGGGGGCCUCUAGCCAUGUGCUUCAGUGACGCAGGCGCAGUGAUGUAG